GACUCGGGGACUCUGCUUCUCUCUUGCUCUACUCCGCUCGCCUGGUGCGGCGGGGCAGGGUCCUGAGCUAAUCAUGGCGUCCCCGUCUCGGAGACUGCAGACCAAACCAGUCAUUACUUGUUUCAAGAGCGUCCUCUUGAUCUACACUUUCAUCUUCUGGAUCACUGGUGUUAUCCUUCUUGCCGUUGGCAUUUGGGGCAAGGUGAGCCUGGAGAAUUAUUUUUCCCUUUUAAAUGAGAAGGCCACCAAUGUCCCCUUCGUGCUCAUUGGCACCGGCACUGUAAUUAUUCUUUUGGGCACCUUUGGCUGUUUUGCUACCUGCCGAGCUUCUGCAUGGAUGCUAAAACUGUAUGCAAUGUUUCUGACUCUCAUUUUUUUGGUUGAACUGGUCGCUGCCAUCGUAGGAUUUGUUUUUAGACAUGAGAUUAAGAACAGUUUUAAGAAUAAUUAUGAGAAAACUAUAAAGCAGUAUAACUCUACGGGAGAUUAUAGAAGCGAUGCAGUAGACAAGAUUCAAAAUACGUUGCAUUGUUGUGGUGUCACCGACUAUAGAGAUUGGAAGGAUACUAAUUAUUACUUAGAAAAAGGAUUUCCCAAGAGUUGCUGCAAACUUGAAAAUUGUUCUCCACAGAGAGAUGCUGAUAAAGUAAACAAUGAAGGUUGUUUUAUAAAGGUGAUGACCAUUAUAGAGUCAGAAAUGGGAGUGGUUGCAGGAAUUUCCUUUGGAGUUGCUUGCUUCCAGCUGAUUGGAAUCUUUCUAGCCUACUGCCUCUCUCGAGCCAUAACAAAUAACCAGUAUGAGAUAGUGUAAUCAGCAAAUCAUGGGCUGACUCCUCUCCAAUUUUAAGGACAUUUACAUCCCCCCCUGUGAACUAUGAUAUUGCCUGGAUGGAAGACAGCUUAACACUUCUUACCAAUAGACCAAAAAAUUACAUCAAUAGCCUGAUUCAGUCAAGACAUUUAUUCAAUAUAGGUCCACCUUCUGGCCCAUUCAUGUUAGAUCACUGAAAAAUUAUAUAAAUAGCCUGAUUCAAUCAAGACAUUUGUUCACUAUAGGUCCACCUUUUGGCCCAUUCAUGUUAGAUCAUUGAAACCCC